AGUGACAGCAAGAAACAUGAAAAAAUGCAUUUGAAUUGCAUGCCGAAACUUCGUAAAAUAUUAAAAUUCAAGAAUCUGAUAUGUCUUACAAUAAUUUUACUGUUACUAAAUUACUUUGGGGCUUUUACGCAUUUGUUCGAGCGUGAUUUUUAUUCGGAUUUUAAAUAUCCAAUGGAAGGCGAAGUACUGAAGUAUGCCCGACAAUUGAGGAAUGCAAAAGUUCCUAGUGUCCAGCCAAUAAACAACAACUACAAUUUUAGUUUAAUUUUAAAUCCGGAUAUAAAAUGCUUGGAUGGAGACCGUCCGCUUCGUCCUCGAUUAGUGAUACUCGUCAAAUCGGCUCUUGAUCACUUUGAAAACAGACAUGUAAUCCGUCAAUCAUGGGGAUAUGAAAAGCGCUUUUCAGAUGUUAUAAUUCGAACGGUUUUCCUUCUUGGAGUACCAAAUACAAAAGAAAUGACAGAACUUUCGGCAAAAAUUAAAUUGGAAGCAGAAAAAUAUAAGGACAUUGUCCAAGGCAACUUUUCCGACUCAUAUUUCAACAAUACUAUUAAAACGAUCAUCGGAAUGAAAUGGGCCGUUACACAAUGUUCAUAUGGGAAAUUCUACCUUUUUGUGGAUGAUGAUUAUUAUGUUUCAAUAAAGAAUGUCCUGCUGUUUAUACGAAACCCGAUCAACUAUCCUGAAUAUUUGGAAGAUGCCCAUGAAGUGAUGCGUAGGAGACUUUCUAGUACACACAAGUAUGACCGCAAAUAUUCUUAUGAUAUUCUACUGAACAAUGGGUUGCUACUCAAUGAAACCUCAUCCAGACGUCACACGAGAAAAGUUCUGGAAUACGAGCUAGCUGAUGAAGUCAGAUUGUUUACAGGAUAUGUUUUUACUUCAAGUCCUCAUCGGCAUAAGAGCAGCAAAUGGUACACGCCACUAUCAGAAUAUCCAUGGCAUUUGUGGCCAACAUAUGUAACAUCUGGAGCAUACAUUCUUUCAAGAGAGGCCUUGCAAGAUAUGUAUUUUUGCAGUUUUUAUACCAAACAUUUUCGUUUUGAUGAUAUAUUUUUAGGACUAGUUGCAAUGAAAGCUCAUAUUGAGCCCCUUCAUUCAGAGCAAUUUUAUUUCAACAGAGCACCUUACACUUCGCCUCAUUCCUAUAAAUACAUUAUAGCAUCUCAUGGAUACACAAAACCAAAAGAUAUGGUAAAUAUUUGGACGCAAGUUAGAUCUGCUGGAUAUGCAUAACAAAAAAACAACAAAAAAUGCUAUAAAUACAUAAUCUUAUAGUAUCUUAA